AUGGCGAAGCCGACACAUCUGAUUCCGCGGAUGUCCGCGAAAGAGCCCCUUCUCGGUCGAAGUACCCGGCCAGCAGCCCGUCGAAGGCGAGACUCCGGUUCCGUCGCCAAGUUUGGUAAUGCCAAGUGCAUGGGCUCCCGCAAACUGGUGCGCACGCACCAGGACAAGAAGAUGAUCAAAAAGCUGGUCAACGGCCAAGAGUGCGAGGUCGAGAAGUCAUGGACCUUCUUCGAGAUGAGCCCCUACGAGUACAUCAGCUACACAGACUACGAGCGCUUGACCCACCAACUCGGCGCUGGUCUGCGCAAGCUAGGCCUCGUCAAGAAUGACCGCGUGCACGUCUACGCCGCCACCAGCCAGAACUGGUUGGCCAUGGCCCACGGCGCCGGUUCGCAGAGCAUGCCCAUCGUGACCGCUUACGACACACUGGGCGAGGAGGGCCUUCGCUACUCCAUGGUGGCGACCAAGGCCAAGGUCAUCUUUUUGGAUCCCCAUCUUCUGCCCACCCUGACCAACGUGCUCGCCGUCGCCACCGCGGUCCAGACCGUCGUCUGGAACGACCAGCACCAGCUCAACCCGGAACACGCCGAGAAGCUCAAGGCCUCAUACCCACACGUCAACAUCCUUAGCUUCGAAGAGCUCCGGAAGAUGGGCGAGGAGAACCCCGUCGAUGUCGUUGCGCCAACACCCGACGACCUUUGCUGCAUAAUGUACACAUCGGGCUCCACAGGCACCCCGAAGGGUGUUCCGGUGAAGCACUCGGCUGUUAUCGCGGCUGUCGCGGGCGCAAGCGUUGUCGUCGAGCAGUUUAUUGGACCUGGCGACGGCCUCCUGACCUAUCUGCCGCUUGCGCACAUCCUCGAAUUCGUCUUUGAGCACGCCGCUAUCUACUGGGGCGCCACACUGGGCUAUGGUAAUCCCAAGACCCUCUCGGACGCAUCGACGGUCAAGAAGGGCAUCAUCGCCAAGGUCAACGCCGGCAGCCCCGUCGUGCGGGGUCUCUUCUGGGGAGCACUGUCUCUCAAGGAGAUGCUGAUGUCCUCUGGGCUGCCCGGAAGCGCCAUCUUGGAUGCCGUGGUGUUCAAGAAGAUCAAGGAGGCCACGGGCGGGCGUAUGAAGCUGUGCCUGAGCGCUGGCGGCCCGGUGUCCAAGGAGACUCAGAAAUUCCUCAGCAUGUCGAUCUGCCCCAUGAUCAUCGGCUACGGCCUCACCGAGACGUCAGCCAUGGGCACGCUACAAAACCCGCUCGAGUGGACCUCGGAGUCGAUCGGCGCCAUGACGGCCUCGAUCGAGGCCAAGCUGGUCGACUUUGCCGACGCUGGCUACUUCGCCACCAACAAGCCGAACCCGCAGGGUGAGAUCUGGCUGCGCGGCCCGACGGUACUGUCGGGCUACUACGAGAACGACGAAGAGACGGCCGAGGCCCUUACCGCGGACGGCUGGUUCAAGACGGGCGACAUUGGUGAAUGGGACAGGAACGGCCACCUCAAGAUCAUCGACCGCAAGAAGAACCUGGUCAAGACGCUAAACGGCGAGUAUAUUGCACUCGAGAAGCUCGAGGCCACGUACCGGUCGGCUCCUGUGGUCGCCAACAUCUGCGUUUACGCCGAUCCCACGCAGGCCAAGCCUAUCGCCAUCAUUGUCCCGGCCGAGCCUGCGCUCAAGAAACUGGCCGCGGCGAUCGGCGUCGAGGGCGAGGGUCUCGAAGUCCUCGUCCACAACAAGAAGCUGCAGGGCGCCGUCCUGAAGGAGCUUCAAACUGCGGGCCGUGCUGGUGGUCUUUCUGGAAUUGAGAUUGUCGAUGGCGUGGUCGUCGUCGACGACGAGUGGACGCCGCAAAACGCUCUUGUCACGGCCGCCCAGAAGCUCAACCGCAGGGGCAUCCUCGACAAGUACAGGGCGCAGGUAAACGAGGCGUAUGGCCCCUCGAGUUAA